AUGUUAUCAAAAAGCAUCGUACAUGUAAAUCUCUCAAGCAAUCAGUUUUCAGGGGCAAUUGACUCUUUGAUUUUCAAAAGUGCAGGAUUUUUGUUCGUGUUGGAUAUCAGCAACAAUGCCUUUUUUGGAUCCUUGCCACAUGUAAAUCGUAGUAUUUCUUCCACCAUAAUGUACCUUGAUUUCUCCAAUAAUAAUUUCACUGGCAAAAUUCCAAGUCUUGGACUUUUGCAAGAAGUAGUUUUACCAGCCAAUAAACUUUCAGGGCAAAUUGGAGAGGGGAUUGUUGGUCUUAUCAAUCUAAGAGUUGUUGCACUCUAUGGCAAUGAGUUUACUGCAACUAUUCCUUAUAAUAUUGGCAAGCUUUAUUACUUAGAAAAAUUGCUCCUUCACAGCAAUUACUUAAAUGGAUCUCUGCCACAAUCACUUAUGAAUUGCUCUAAACUUGAGGAACUAAACUUAAGGAUUAACUUCCUACAAGGUGAGUUGUCCAUACUUGAUUUCUCUAAAUUGCUUCAUCUCAAAACAUUUGAUCUAGGGAACAACUUCUUUAGUGGUAUCCUGCCAUCAAGCCUUUACUCAUGCAAGUCACUAUCAGAGAUUUGCCUACCAGUAAACAAACUCGAGGAGGAAAUUUCACGCUGCAACAAUCUGCGGACGUUGAUUCUGUCAUUGAAUUAUUACAAUGAAUCUUUUCUUGGUGAUGAUGAAAACUUAAUUGGUCCAGAGGGAUUCCAAAAUCUGCAAAUCUUGGGCCUAGGUGGUUGUAAACUUAACGGUCACGUUCCCUGGUGGUUGUCCAGGCUAAGUAAGCUAAAAGUUCUUGAUCUUUCUCAGAAUCAAGUACAGGCAUGA